UGAUUUGUUGGUAAUUAUACAUAAUUAUGAAGGGCUUCCUGUUCAUAACAUUAAUUCACCUUAUUCUGAGAAUCUGGGCCAUACCUAGACAAUUUGAUAACGGUAAAAAUGAAGAGAGAAUUGUCGGUGGAAACACAACCACUGUAGAACGUUUUCCGUAUAUUGUUCAACUGUAUCAUGCAAAUAGACGAUGGGGUGGGGCCAGCAUUCUUUCACCGUGUUGGGUCAUCACUGCAGGACAUUGUACUUAUGGGGAAGAUAUAAGCAACAUUACAUUACGUGCCGGUGCUUCUGAGUCUAAUCAAACAGCAAGGACGCCAAUUACUCUAGCAGAGAUAUUCCUUCAUCCUCUGUACAAUGACACAACGCUAGACUACGAUAUAAGCAUUCUCCGCCUGAAUGAAGAUCUUGUUUUUGGAACAACAAUUAGCCCGGUUUCUUUACCACCGCCCGACAUUGUUUUACCUGCUGGAACUUGGGCUACCGUUGCGGGUUGGGGUGAUCUAGCAGAUGGAGGUCCCGGUUCAACUCAAUUGCAGGCCGUGACUGUGCCAAUUAUUUCCAACGAAGAGUGUAUCCGUCUUUACGCUAUUAACGACACCGGCGUCAUUAUUACUGAUAGAUUGCUAUGUGCUCUUUAUGCACCAGGAGGAAGAGACGCUUGUAAUGGUGAUUCUGGAGGACCAUUGACGGUGAACGGUGUACUUUAUGGAUUGGUUUCUGACGGCUUAGGUUGCGCUGAUCCCAGAUAUCCAGGAACCUACACCAGUGUCUCAAAUUUACGCUCCUUUAUCGAAGAAGUUACGGGGCUGUGAUUGUAUGGAUCUCUUGACGUACCUUUUCUAUUUGUAAAUGUUUAUUAUAAGUUAUUGAAAGUUUUGGGUCAAGACUUUGAAUAAAUGCGGCUGUUGAUGCUAGAUAA